GAUACAAGGUCUCUUUAAAUUUCCCAGUCCACAUCUGGCCUGUGGUGGAGCACUCCUUUAAUGUCAGCACUAGGAAGGCAAAGGGAGACAGAUCUGUGAGUUUAAGGCCAGUGAGAGUUACAGAGAAAUUUCCCAGUCCAGACCAUCACCUCUGGUCCAUUUGGCAAGGAAACCGCAGCGCAGCUAGGAGCAAGGAUUGACAGAUGACGGCUGGUUUGAAAAUCAUCUUUAAAAGGCACUUCUCAUUCCCACAUUAGUGUAUUGCUUCAUUAGUUUAGAGUAAAACAGAGUCAACGUGAUUUUUAAACGCUGUAAUAAGAUUCAAAUCACAAAAUAUGGGCCAUAAAUUUACAAGGCUAAUAUUCCUGUCAAAGGCUCGACUCACACUCAUGUUUCUUAUGUUGUGGAUCUGGAGGUGAACACCAGGCUCAUGCCUCAGGGAUGUCCUGCUGACUCAGCUUCUUCCUCCAAUACUCUCCAGCAAGCAACCAGAUUGGAAUCCACAGUAGGAGAAAAGGCCACACCUGGGAUCCCACAAUUCUUUCGCAUAGACUUCUGGGAAAUGUAGUCUGCGGCACUGUGACAUCACGGUGAGCCAUCCAGGAAAUUCCCUCCCGGACUUGAGUUCAACGGUGUGCAACUUUCCCAAAGUUGUGUGAGAGUCCGGCCUGCUGUACAUUCCUCUUGCGUCUCUGAUCUCAAGGAAAUGCUGUCCUUCUGGGAUGUGGCCAUUGAGUUCUCUGCAGAAGAGAGGGAAUGCCUGGAGCCUGCUCAGUGGAAUUUGUACAGGGAUGUGAUGUUGGAGAAUUACAGCAACCUUGUGUUCCUUGGACUUGCUGUGUCUAAGCCACACCUGGUGACACUUUUGGAGCAAAGACAAGACUCUUCAGAUGUGAAGAGACAAGCAGCAGCCAACGUGCAGCCAGGAACAACACCCAAUGAUUAUAACAUUUUCAACAAGGCCAUUGAUUGUAAAUCACUGUAUAUUCCACACCAGAGAAUUCAUACAAGGGAGAAACCCUAUAAGUGUGAAGAGUGUGGUAAGGGUCUUAGUUCUCAUAAAACACUUUCCAUACACAAGAGACUUCAUACUGGAGAAAAAUCCUACACAUGUAAAGAAUGUCAUAAGGCCUUCAAUACUCGUGCAUCACUUUUUAUACACCAGAAAAAUCAUACUGAUGAAAAAUCUUACAAGUGUGAAGAAUGUGGUAAAUCAUUUUACUAUCCUUCAAUGCUGAAGCAACAUCAAAGAAUUCAUUCUGGAGAGAAACCCUACAAGUGUGAAAAAUGUGGCAAAGCUUUUUAUGAUCCUUCAUUCCUGAAACAACAUCAAAGGAUUCAUUGUGGAGAGAAACCCUACAAGUGUGAAGAAUGUGGCAAAGCUUUUUAUGAAUCAUCAUUCCUUCAGGUACAUCAACGAAUUCAUACUGCAGAGAAACCCUACAGGUGUGAAGAGUGUGGCAAGUGCUUUUGUUCAUCUUCAUCUCUUAGAGGACAUCAAACAAUCCAUUCUGAAGACAAUCCCUACAAGUGUGAAGAGUGUGGCAAAAAGUUUUCUUACUUUGCACACCUCAAACAGCAUCAGACAGUUCACACUGGAGAGAAAUCUUACAAGUGUGAGGAGUGUGGUAAGUGCUUUUCCUUAUCUUCAUCCCUUAGACGACAUCAAACAAUUCACUGUGAAGACAAUCCCUACAAGUGUGAAGAGUGUGGCAGAUGUUUUUACUCAUCUUUAUCCCUUAGAAGACAUCAAAUAAUCCAUUCUGAAGAUAAUCCUUAUACAUGUUUACAAUGUGGCAAACGGUUUUCCUAUUCUAGGAGUCUUCAAGAACAUCAAACAGUUCAUACUGGAGAGAAACUAUACAAAUGUGAGGAAUGUCACAAAGCUUUUCGUUACCACUCAGGCCUUAGGAAACACAAGAGAGUUCAUACUGGAGAGAAACUAUACAAGUGUGAAGAGUGUGAUGAUGUUUUUCCUCAUCUUCAUCCCUUAGACGACAUAAAAAGGAAAAAAGAAAAUUCUAAAGAGAAUCUCUAAAAGUGUGGGUAAUGUGAUAAAGACUUUGCUAAUUUUUGUAUCCUUACUCAACAUAUGAUAUAGUUCAUACAGGAGAGAAAUCCUACAAGCGUUCUUAAAAUUUUAUUUCUUCAACCUUUAAAACACAUUAAAUGAUUCAUUCUGACUGUAAACUCCA